AUGUCGUCCUCGGAUGACAAGCUACCGACGUCGACCCUGGCGCGGAGCUUCUCCGCACAGUUGAACGACAUAUUCUUACUCGACGACGUUCUAUUGACAAAAGAGAAAGAGGUUGACCAGAAGAAACUUCAGCUCACUCAACAAAAUGCUGAGCUUGAUGCCCUUGAAGCCAGGCUGAAGGCAGCUGAAGCAUUACUGGCAAAACAAAACAAGCGCAUGUCCCUGAUAUCAGAUUCUGCUCCUACACCGGCAAACACUGAAGUCGGUAACCCCCUCUCACCCGGCUCAAGCACAAGGCGGCGGAACCCUAUUCCACUCUUUCAAGAUCCCUCGGCAGAUACCGAGACAGGGGUGGAUCGGGCACAGGACAUAGCCGAUGGUUCUACGCCCGAGCCGCCAAAAAAAGAUGAUCCGGUAGCGCUACAAGCGCCUCGUGCGCUGCCGGUAUUGAGUCGAGAAAUCGAGGCUCGUGAAGAAGAGGAAGAAAGAAAGAGUAACCAGGAAGAACGGUGGGGAGGAGGGUGGGGAGGAGGUGGUGGAAGAUUAGAAGGACCGGGGAGUUAUGAUGGGGGGAAUGAUAGAGAUGAUAUAGGGGCACCAAGCAAUACCUCACUUUUUACGUCGACAUUUGCAAACCCCGAUGUACCGAAAAAAGAUAAAAUCCAAUUUACUAGUUUACUUGAGAAGGGCCUGCCGAAAUUAAGUGAAGGACAGGGGCAAUUCUUUGCGCAAGCCGACGCGGCGCAGCGCCAGCAACAGUACCAGACAACCCUCCCGACGGCAUCCCAAGAUGAAUAUAUGUAUGGAAAUAGAACAUCCGAACCCGAAAACGCGGAAACGUUAACAUCUGAAGAACCUCGCAACAGCGGCGCCCCUUCCGCAACAUCUGCUUCUAUAAACGGACAAAACCUCCCAAUUACGGUUAAACCGGAUGAGGACGGAGAUGAAGUGGCCACAGGGGACCUGAUUGAUCAGUAUGGCUACUACGACAGUGAGCCCGAGCCUGAAGAAGAAGAACCGGGGCUCCAAAAUACUUCUGCUAGCAUUGGGAAUACCCACGCGACACAGCCAAUUGUGCCCACUCCUCAUGUUUCACAGACUGCAGUUUCUGUUACCCGUCCCAAUCGGUCGGACUCCCUGGCCAGCCCUGUCAGGUACAGCUCUACCGUGGGUUCUGCUGUUGGCUCUGCUGGCCAGACUCCAGACACUCAGGAGAGCACCAGUACGAAAUAUAUCGUCGAUGACGGAUUCUUUACUCGUCCAAGAAGAGCACCCACCGUCACCGAAUCAGAAUUGCCACCAUUGCCAGGCCAGACUCCUGACAUUCCUAAGCGUAAACCAGUCAGGGGUUCGGAAGACUCUUCGAGACCGGAAAUUUCCUUAUUGACAACGGACCGACCGCCAACUCCGCCGUCCAAAGCUCCACGAAGCAUUGUCAAUCCUAUUCCAUACGAUUACAAUACCUCGCAUAUAUCUGUUGCCACAAAUUACACAGACAACCGGACUAUCCCUUCGAUGUCUUCAACGGACUCAACGCAUGGCGAGAAACCGUUACCCCCUACGUCCCCCUCCGAACCUACUCUCGAUGUUCCCGCUCGAGAGUCGGUAACCGAGCGAGGGUUCGGAGGGCUCCUGAAAAUGAAGAAAUCAUUACAAGGAUUGAGGAAGAAGGCUCAAGCGGCGUCGUCACCAAUAUCACCAACCGGUGAUCAGAGAAGCUUUUCGACAGGAGCCCUUGGUCACUACCCGUCUUCUGAUCCAAGGCCCAAGGAUGAGCCGCCGCUGCCGCCAAUACCGCCUGAGAAGUUGAACGCUGCCACACCAGUUCCUGCUAUCCCAGUUCAGUAUCGUGCAUCACCACCGCCGCAGACGCCGCAAACACCAUCUCAAUACAUGCCGCCACCAGCUCCUCAAUCAGACCUAUUUGAUCGAAUCCAGGCAUCUCUUCCCAACCAGCAACAAGAAGAAUCGUCACCGCGAAGAUUUGAGGCAAAGCACAAGAAGGCUGUUGAGGCAAUUGCCAAGUUCUCCGGCAAGAUGUCUGCAUUGAGAGCACUCAGAAAAAAGGAGGCCAAGGAGGACUCACCACCACCACCACCACCACCCAUUCAAUCAUCCCAAGAGCCGCCAUUAGCAGACUGGGAAAUCGAACAACGUACCAAUGCGAAACAAAACCCCUACGGCCACCCCAUAAGCCCGCCUCAAACCGCAUCUCUCAAUGCUGCGCCACAGAAUACCUACCCCAUAGCAGCCCAGACUUGGAAGUCGCAGUCGAGUGGGUACUCUGUAAACGGUUACGUAAAUGGCCAGACCCCGAUUAGCCCGCCGCAAGAGCCCCUGAGUGACGAUGCGUUCCCAGUGGCCCCUGCCAAGUUGACAGAAGAGGCUCCACCGCCUACACCCGCCAAGUACGAGCUGCCACUACCAAGGAGGCUUGAGAGCAUUUCGAUGGAUCCGCCAGGUACUCCUGAGAAACCAGACCCGACGUCUUCUGUUGAAAAAUCAUCGCCGGAGAGACCAAAAACUUCUUCAUCUAGAGGACUUUCAAUAUUUCCAAGUUCGUCAACGACAAAACCUUCAGUAUCGAUAGAAAUGGCGCCGCCUGCACCACCGAAAGAACCAGAGCUACCCCCUCCACCACCCCAGAAGUCGCAAACAUUUAUACCUACACCUUUCAAGCCAUUAGCACUAGAGUUAUCAGCAUCGAGCAGUCUGUCAGUAGAGAAACCUCAACCAAGCCCUGGAUUGGCACCACCAGCUAGCCCUGGAUUUGCUCCAGGACGAGGAGGCAGGACAGAGACAUAUUCGUUCCUUGGAGACUAUUACUUUGGAGAUAGCCAGGAUGGAGACGAUCAGGCUGGACAGCUUGCCAAUAGCUCAUCAUUACAGCAACACCAACAGGCACCGCCGGAAAGAGAUGCUGUUACGGGGCUCCCGAAUAUUAACAGAAACGAGUCUGGUGAUAAGUUGAACUUCAGGAUACAGUCAUUCGCUCCCUUUACAUUAGGAGACGACUUCUCAAGCGGGUUCUCAUUCGAUGAUACACGGCCCACACCUAUGGCUGAUUCCAAGUCCGCUCCUAAUCAAAUAUCUACACCAAUUCCUCCCCCAACAUCAGCUCCACCGUCAACAGCAUUACCAGAUAUUCCAGUUGCCCCAGCCAAGGCUGAGCGAAGAUCCCCCGCCGUCCCAGAGUCUAUUCCGGAACAUACACAAGCUCCAACGUCGUUACCCGAAGUUCCAAAGACAGUACAACGGGUACCUUCAAAGCCAGAACUGCGUGAUAAACACCCUGCACCGCUUCAAACCGUCGCUCAUAGAUCAAUCCUUUCAUCGUCAAUGCUAACCGGUAGAGAAAGCUCUGGAUCUCCGUCGUUGCCUAUGAAGGAUAUCCCAGAGGAAGGGCCAUACCCUUCAACAAAAUCGCCGCCGAGCGCAACGAGUGUACCGGGUCCGGCUCCUAACUCAACGGGUCCGGUGCCUCAAACCAAUAAAGCUGGUUACGCCAGCGGUGUUUCCAGCGUGAGAUCAAGCAGUGGUUAUACAGAGUCUCCAAGCGCAACAUCAUCGAGGACAUCUUUGUCUUCUGGAACCAACGGUCCGACAAACGGAGUGGCAACGCCUACACCUCGGAUCCCAAGCGGCGAACAGGGACCAUAUCCAGCUAGAAACUCAUCAUCACAAGGACACCCCCAACGCCCGCCUUCCCAGGAAACGGUUGUAGACCGAAGAAUCCAAUCAGGUGCCCCUAAUAUGCCACCUUCCGCUCGCCCGCACAGUAAUAUGCACCCGUCCGGACCUCCCCAUGGUAUGCCACCACAAGGCAUGCCGCCCCGCGGGCGAAUGCCGGGUCCACCGCCACCAGGCGCCACACCAGAAUUAAGAGGUAGGCCAGGGUUUCGCCCUCCUCCCGGCGGCGGUCCAAUGGGUCCCGGUUAUCCACCCCGUUCUGCAUCUCCAGCCUUUAGCGAACGCUCCAUGCGUCCCCCUCGAGGUCCUCCGCCACCUCGUUCCGCGUCACCCGCAUUCUCGGAGCGAAGGGGUCCUCCACCACCCCGUAGCUCCUCGCCAGCAUUCAGUAUGCGCGGAGACCCACGUAUGCGAGGUCCACCACCACCACAUCACGGCCGUAAACGUUCAAAUUCAAUGGAAAUCCUAGAUUUCGCUGUAGAUUUUGAGCUUCCAGGCUCAGCUCUUCGAUUUGAGGCCAAAGAAGCAGAUGCAUCUCGUCGUGCAAGGAGUGAAUCACAAGGAUUCGGCGGUCGAGGUCCUCCACCUGGCUCAUUCCGCGGACGAGCAGAAUCACCUGGUCCGCGUGAGGGAUUUAGAAGUGGAAGUAGGGCUGGGAGUCGUGGGCCACCGGGUGUGCCACCACAUAUGAAUGGGGCUGGAAGUAGACCUGGUAGUCGGACACAAUCACCGUUUAGACACCCUCCUGUCUCUCACAAUUUCAACGGGAUGCCACCUCGUAGACCGCCCGGUAGUAGAAGGAACUCUGGAGGAAGCAAUGCUGGUGGCGGUAGACGACCGUCGAUGUCGGAAGCAGAGUUGGAUAUUGCACUGGGUGUUGGACAGAUCCCGGGCAUGGAAAGGAAGUAUAGACCUCCACCGCAGAUGAGAGGUGGAAGGCCGCCACCAGGGCCCAUGCCGCCACAUAUGCCGCAGGGCGGUGGUGGUGGAAGGGGGUUGAAGAGUUUAAAUUCUAAUGGCUCUGGGGUUACAUAUCCUGGUCUAGACGAUGGAUUCGGAAUGAUGGAUGGAGGUGGAAGGAUGCCUACACCUGCAAUGCCACGACGAGAAGAGAUGGCUUGA